UCCCCUCUCCUUUCUUCUUCUCCUUCUUGCCUUUCCUUUCUCUGCACUCGACCUUCGCUUCUCCCUUGUUGUUUUUGUUAUUAAAAAAGAAGAAGAAGAGAAAAAAAAAAAAGAUAAAAAUUUAUUCAUCUCUCUAUUCAAAUCUAUUAUUCUUGGAGUGCCGAAGCUUUCUCUUUCUCUUUCCUUUCCCUUUCUUUUUAUUUUUCUUUCUUCUUUAUAAAAUAAACAAACCCAUAAACAGUUUUUAAUUUUUAUUUUAAUCUUUGUUUUCCUUGUUUUCUGUUUUCUUUUGAUGUUGGCAUGGCCGGUUUGGAUUUAGGCACAGCUUCUCGCUAUGUUCACCAGCUUCAUAGACCCGACCUUCACCUUCAACACCAACCUGAUCCCGAAGACCACGACCACAACAACAAUCGAGUUGGUUCCGGAGCCGCUGGCGAUCACUACCACAACGACGGCGUUGAUCACCAAGGCCUUGACCUCGUGGCAGCAGCUAACUCGGGCCAUGGAGACCUCGUCGCUCGUCGGCCCAGAGGUCGUCCACCCGGUUCGAAAAACAAACCGAAACCUCCCGUUAUAAUCACUCGGGAGAGCGCCAACACUCUUCGAGCCCACAUUCUAGAGGUGGGAAAUGGGUGCGAUGUGUUUGACUGUGUGGCGAACUACGCUCGGAGAAGGCAGCGAGGAAUCUGUAUUCUGAGUGGAAGCGGAACGGUCACAAACGUGAGCAUAAGGCAACCCGCGGCAGCAGGAGCAAUAGUGACUCUUCAUGGGAGAUUUGAAAUAUUAUCAUUGUCAGGUUCUUUUCUGCCACCACCGGCUCCUCCAGGUGCAACAAGCUUGACAAUCUUUUUAGCCGGAGGUCAAGGACAAGUUGUUGGGGGAAGCGUGGUGGGGGAGCUGACAGCGGCGGGGCCUGUGAUCGUGAUCGCAGCGUCUUUUACAAAUGUGGCGUAUGAGAGGCUGCCGUUGGAGGAGGACGAGCAGCUGCAGAUGCAGAGUAGUGGAGGUGGUGGUGGUGGCGGUGGCGGCGGUGGAGGUGGAAAUAACUUGUUUGCAGAUGCGGCGGGGGCUGCUGCGGCGGGUCUCCCGUUCUUUAAUUUGCCGCUGAAUAUGCCUCCAAAUGUGCAGUUGCCGGUGGAUGGAUGGGCAGGAAACGCAGGUGUUAGGCCUCCGUUUUGAUCAUGAGAAUGAAUUAGCGGUAAAAUUAUUUGACUGCAAUGUGAUCUAUGAAUGUUGGAAUUGAUUGUGGCUGUGUUGGAGCACUACUUUGCAGUGGGUGAGAGAGUUGGGAUUCUUGGAUAAGUAAAGGUCAGGAAUUUAUGUACUAUCAUCCUCAUCAUAAACUUUGUUUCUCGUUUCUUCUUCUCCUUCUUCUGUUCAUGUUAAUUUUAGGGCUUUUCUUCUUCUUCUUCUUCUUCCAUUUUCUUGUUUCUUUCUUUCUUAUCCUCCUCCUUCUUCUUGGGUUUUUGAACUGUACUGAUUUAUGGAAAUAGUCUUCGUGUUAAUGGUGGAAUUCUCUUCUCUCUUUUAUAAGAAAUCAAUGGUUUGAUGAUA